AGAUAACAGCUUCCCUCUUCAUUAAGUCAUCAGGCGUUUUCUCAUCUGCCUUUGAAGGAAAGAACAGUGUGGGGGAUGAUAGAUCUCACUGAUAACAUAUGGUGCGGCCUCUUACAUCUCUGAGCUUCCUAUUGAUUUCAUAUGUAAAGAGAGGUGUUUUAUGGGGACCAGCAGAGAGAUCCGUUGUCACAUCCCCCUUCCUCUCUUAUCAUUCCCAGCACAUACUCCACACACUCAGCCUGGGUCUGUAUGCCUUCUGGACUGUGCUCUUGUUCCACCUAGAAUAGAGCAACGACAGAUUUCCUGUGAUUCGGUGCAGGUUCCUGGGAAGGCGCUGCCCUUGUUGCACUGAUACAGCAGUGGGGGGAGAUUUAUUCCAUGUUUGUCCUGGCUUUUCACAAAGGAUUCAAAGCUCUCUCUCCUGCCUGCUGCUGUCACUUAUUUCUAUGGCAAAUGCAGACCCUUCCAUCCACAAUCUACGCCUAAGCUACAUGGGGACAAGAAAUAGACUGCAGUACCCAAGUGCCCUCUCCACUAACAGAGAAAAACAGCCUGACAGAAAGGAAGGGGCUUCUAUAGCUGAGCCACAGACACUGAGUGACCUUUCCCUCUCAGUUCUUUUGGACAGAUUACAUGUCAAUCAAAGUGGCAUGCACAAAAAUUCAGUUAAACCAGAGUAACCCUUUUACUGAAUAUUUUGGUUACAUCCGGAGCAGCCAUGAUCCCAUGUUGCUGGUGUCCCCGCUGGCUGUGGCUGGUAUUGUAAUUGGGCUUGUUCUCUUCCUGUCGUGUGUCACCAUCAUCAUUGGAAGCCUGAGGAAAGAUCGGGGAGGAGACUGGCGCCUUGAGAAUCCGAGUUUUGAUGGAAUCUCCUAUGCAGCUUCCUUUGGAGACCUGAGAUCUGUCUGCACUGGGGACAUUUCUCCCGCCUUAGAGUUUGGCUCCUAUCUAGAGCUUAGUGCUUCCUAUAUGGAUUUCCCCCCAUGCUACAAUGAUUGUGUUGGACCAGGAGUCUUGGGAAAUGACCUCCCUGCAGAUAAUCCUCCACCAUACUCCUUGGAAGACCCACAUCUUAGACAAGACUUCUCACUCAGCACUGAAAGGAGUCCACAAGACAACAUGGAUAAUCUCCUGCCUUCUACACCUUUGCUUAUGCUAAAUCUCCAUGUUGUUCCACCAAACCAAAUUCCUGUAACACCAGUGGACAUAUUGAAAGAUAUCUCAACACCGGGCAGUCAUGCAUCACCAGAAAACAUUUAAGAGAUUUCACUGUGCUUAGCAAUACACUAAGUAUCAGUCUAUCUUGUCUAUACUUUGGAAAACAGGUCACUUUUUUAUGUUCAUAUUCAUCAGUAAUGUAUGUUUGUGUGAUAUGGUGGUUAUAAGUGUUAAAGAAGUGCAAUUAGUUUAUAUCUAGCAAUAAAUAGGUGCAAUAAUGUAGUUUUUAUAUGGAAAUGUUGUUGCCAUCUCUGAGGGCUACUGGUAACCAAAUUAGUUGCCCUCCUAGCCGAAAGUUAUCCGUGUGUGUUUUCUGGAUACCAAAACAAUGAUUAAUGUUCAAUAAAGUAAUUAUGAACUAGAUGGACAUUAUAUUACAAAAUAUUUGCUUUUAAAGCAAUAUACAUACUGGCUCUUCUUGCUGUGCAAAAACUAGGGUACUUAUUCAAUAAGUAUCACCAGGAAAUCCUGUUUAACAAUCCCGUUACUGCUCCCAAUAAUCAGUCCUCCUUAGGCAUGUUAUUCAAACAGCAGCUGUUUCAAAGCAUUGUGUGUUAUACAUUGAUAUCUUCAUUAUUAAAUUGAUCACUUCAGUACUUUAUACAGUA